CGCUGCGUAAUCUUUGAAACCCCGCAGUGCCGCACCGGUGCCCCAGAUGCAGUGAGAUGCCACCUUAAGGUGGAACGUUCACAGUACGGCCCCUGAAUGACCGGUAACAUGACACUACUGUUCACCUCGCUGUGUACGUAUGUUUAUCUAACAACCGCGACACCUGACACUACCGAGGCAGAUACGCCCAAUGCUAGUCACACACACUGAGGAACAGUCCAAAUGGGAAUCUUACAGUUAAUCAAGUUUAAAAAAAUAAUAUAUCUGUAGACAUUCAGCAGUACAAUAAGAGAUACUCUUCACCCCUAUAUCAAGCUACACAUAAACAGCAAAAGAGCACGGAAAACUGUACAAACUUUGGCAGCAAAAAACAGUGCACACCCUUCCAUGCGUGUCAUUCUUCUUGGUUUACUCCCAAAGACAAGAUGGCAACAGGGACUGGACGUCUCGCAGUAAAGAUCGUGAAAGGCCGCGUCGGAGUUCCCUUGCUGUUUUGAUCUCAGCUCUAUAAUCGUGUUUGGUUGACAGAGGGGAUCUUCGAUUCACUCCAGGGCCCAAGUGCUAUGUAAGGCGCCUGACGCACGUACAUAACACAGCGACGGUUAACGACUCUUGAACUAGGGUCUUCGGAUAAAACCUUCUAUGGAUGACCCCGCGUAUGCACCCGGAGGGAAGGGAUACCCACCACCCGGCCAACCCUACCAGAAUGACCCUGCCUAUGCGCCCGGCGGGGGUGCAUAUCCAGCCCCCGGGCAACCCUAUCAGAAUGACCCGGCGUACGCGCCCGGUGGGGGAGGAAAUCCGCUCCCUGGGCAGCCGUUCCAAGACGAUCCAGCAUAUCCUGCUCCCAGACACCAGACUGCGCCACCACCCCCUAUGCUUGGCCCACCCCCCGGACAGGCAUACCCACCCCCAGGGCAGACCUAUCCACCCCCUGGACAAACCUAUCCACCCCCUGGGCACGUGAAUCCACCCCCAGGGCCCGUGAAUCCACCCCCUGUGCAGGUGCACGUGAAUCCACCCCCCGAGCGGGUAUCUGUGCAGGUCUCCGAGGCACCACCUCCGUACUCAGGAGAGCGAGCCAGCGAGCCCACGGUUGUUACCACUGGCGGUGGAGACAGCGACGCAAACAUGGACUUCUGUAGCCGGUGUUGGAAGCGCGAACACCCGCAUAAAUGGUACUCGCUCAGUGGGAAGGGCUGUGGCUGGAUCGUGGUGCUAGUUGUGAUGUACUUCUUUGUGGGGAUCUUUGCGGUGAUCGCAUUUCUUGCUUUCGCCAUCUUGACAUCGUCAAACGACGACCGUCAUCAUCAUCAUGGCCGUCAUCAUCAUGGCCGUCAUCAUCAUCAUCAUCACCAUCAUCAUCAUCAUGAUGAUGAUUGGGGCUACUAUGACUAGUAUCUGGGCCUACACAUGUCGGACACAGAGGUCGAGGAUACGGCACAUCACAAAAAAGCCAACAGCGGCAGUUCCCACGCCGAAUGACUAUUU